AUGGAUGGAGAAGAUGGAAAUUUCUUGUCGGACAUUCUUCUCAAUGGAGAAGAUGGUACUGUUGCUGGUUUGGACGACAUGAACUUUGGAUUCACUCAAGACACUCGUACUCAUGACGAAGUGCAAGCUAGCCGCAAUACAAAGGGAGCCAAGAGGACAAAGAAUUUUCAUUGGAAGGAAGACGAAGUUGUAUGCUCGGGCUGGUUGAAUGUUAGCAAAGAUCCCAUUAAUGGUGCCAAUCAAUCUUGUUCAACUUUUUGGGGAAGAGUUCAUGCUUACUUUGAGAAGCACCAGAAAACUACAGCUGAGAGGACAAAGAGUUCCAUUUUGCAUAGGUGGCUAACAAUUCAGUUUCAAGUGAACAAGUUUUGUUCAGCCUAUGAGGCCAUUCUACGUAGGAAUCAAAGUGGGUUAACUAUCGAAGACAAGAUUAACGAAGCAAAAAAGUUGUAUGUGGAAUUAGACAAGGACAAAAAAACUUUUGGUCUUCUACAUUGUCGGACCAUAUUGAAGGAGGAAGACAAGUGGAAAGCGAAGAUGAUAGAACUUGCUGAGCUGGAGAAAGAGAAACAAGCAAUCAAGAAAAAACAGAAGGUGUCCAGGCCGUGGGAGGAAGAAGCCACUAAUAAUGAUCAAGUCGUAGAAGUUGAUGCUGAAGAAACUGUACUAAGGAAAAGGCCAGAAGGGAUAAAGAAGGCAAAAGAAAAUUUGAGGCGUGGAGGUGGCGAGGCUUGCAUGGAAGCUUUGGACAAGAUGAUGGCAAAGAAGGAGGUCUUGGACAUGGAAAAGGAGAAGGCCAAAGAGGAGAGGUUCAUGGCUACACUAGAGCUAGAGAAGGCUACACUAGAGCUAGAGAAGAAGAUGGUGGAAAAUGAAGAAAAAAAAGCAGAAGCGAAGCUACUCAAAGAGGAAAAAGAAAUUAUGUUAGUGGACAUGUGA